CUGGCUCCGGGGACAGGGAGCUGGGGACCCCGGGAGCCGCGAGAGGCGGCCUCCAGGGGCGGGGUGCGGGCCGUUUGGAGACUGGGGGCGCUGUCGGAGGGAAGGAGGGAGGGAGCGGGGGUGGGGCGCACGGAUGAUUCCAACAGGAGACUGGAAGAGAUUUUGAAAGGUCAUCUCGUCCUUCCCCCAGCCUCCAAGCGGACUGCCCCUCCCACCCUAAACCCGGACAUACCAGGGAAGGAGCUGGCUCUGCCGCUCUUUCUGCCCCAACAUGCACAGACUCGGGAAGUUCUUCCUGGGGUUUUAUCUCAAAGCCUCUCCCUUACAAUUUCUGUCUCUCUUUUGGGGGAGGAGGAGGGGCGAUUAUAGAGAUAGUUAAUGUCUGCCGUAUAAGAAACAUUAUUAAAGUUACUCUCCGGUCCUUUCUCUUCUUGAUAAACAAUUCCUGCUCCUUCCUCUCGAAUUCUAUUUUUCCAUUCCUUAAGUCACUUUAAUGGCUCUUCAAUACAACAAAUAUUUACUGAGUGUUUACUAAGUACCAGGCACCAAUGCUCAGCGCCGUGGGGAAUGAACACAUGAGGGGAAUGUAGUACCCUCUCUGGAGGAGACUGUAAUCCAGACAGGGACUACAAAUUUGACAACUUUGUCUUCUGCUCUGAGCUACCAGGCCCUACCAGGAGCUCCAGGGCCAGCUGGGACCCAUCCCUUUGGAGCAGCUGCUUCAGACUAGGUAAGUGUGAGGCCCUGAGCCUCAACUCCCUGGAUAUUGGAAGCAGGCAGAGGGGCAGCUGAAAGAGAUGUUGCUGUAUGUCCUGUCUCCUGAUAGGUGCCAUAAUGAAUUUUUCCCAGGCUAGGAAGCACUGAGCUCUAGUGGUCAAGGGAGCCAUGGAGGAGAGAGCUGGUCAGCGAGAGCAAGACAGACCCAGCCUUCAAGACAGACCCAGCCUUCGUCUGGAAAAGCUACAGCACUGGGCCAGGCACAGGCAGAGUGGGCACCUCUUGGUGCUGGCGGUGAGCCAGCUAUGGCUGGCAGUGGCUGUGGUGCCCUUUGCUAUCUCAGUUGCCUGCCUGAACUCUGCUUGUCACAUGGCCACAGCACUGCCACUUGGGCCUGGCGUAAUGGGUCUCCUCACUGGGAUUGUAACCCUUGAGCUGCGCAGAGCACCCCGUCUCUGGAAGGUGCACGCCAUGAUGCUGUUCAACACCUUCAAUCUGAUCUUGGGCUUCAUCGCGUUGGUGGUCGAAGUGGCGAAGACAGCCUUGAUGUCUGCCCCAACUGUCCCCUCCCAGCUAGCCGGUUUGCUGGUGCUGGAGCUCAGUGCUGAGGCCUUCACCCUAGGCGGAGUGCUGGUCUCAGCAUACUCCCUGUUCCUGCUGAGCCAGAGGAAGCCAGGAUGCUGCUGGAGCCAGAAUCUGCACUACCAGGAGCUGCAGGAGGGUCUCUCAGAAUUAGAGGAAGUUCCUGAUUUGGAGACUGGUCCCACGGUGGCUAGCAGAGCAAACAGAACAAAUAAGUGAGCUGGCAAGAGGAAGCAGGCAGGUGUUGCUUUCCUA